CAUAAUGUUGUUCAGAAACCAAUUAAAAAGAUUUCUUUUGUAUUAAACGCAAUAACUUGUGAUAUUACGACAUUUAGACAGUUCGCAAAAUUUUAUAUUUGCUUCUCCUGAAAAAAAAUCUACCGCCGCCCAUGACAAUAAGAAUCUUGUUGUUAGGCAACACACUUCAUUAUUGCAACAACACUUUGACAUAACAGUCAGUAAACCAGUUGCAAAUUCAAAAAUGGCACACGUUUGCAAACUACCUCACAAAGAUUCCAUUUCAUCCCUGUUUACUGGCGUCAAAUCCAAACUGAGACAGAGAUUAUUGAAGUACGUUUUGAUAUCAGAAACCAAUCCACUAUCCACCAAAUAUUUCAGAAGCCAUUUGGCCAUAAAUAGGGAAAAAAAGAGGCAAGUGAAAUCUGGAUACCUAUCCGUGAUUCAUCCUUUUAGUAAGCUUAGAGAAAAUUACGAUAAAUGGUUGCUAUUUUUUUAUAUAUGGAUUCUAAUUUUCAAACCUUUAGAGGCUUGUAUAUUAUGGGAAUCUUCUUCGAAGUUUGUGAAAGAAUUGUCUAUAAUUACAAUGUUUCUAACUUGGAUUGAUAUAGUUAUGAAUUGUUUUACUGGUUAUUACAUUAAAAGUAAUAAAUCUGUUGAACUUGGAGUUAAAAAAAUUUGUAAAAAAUACAUUUUUGGACCGUUUUUUCUAAUCGAUAGCCUAGGAUCAAUCUCGAUAUUUACAUUUCCUGUUAAACCACCGCUGAUUGUUUGUGGAAUACAUAAAAUAUUUUGCUUAUUAAGAGGCAUCAGAAUAAUUUCGGUUUUACAACUUUGGGUAAAACUGUUUUCCUUCAAGAAAUACAAAACUAUGACUUUCAUAUUCACCAUCUGUUGCUUGAAUAUAUUCGGUUUUGUACUGCAUUUUUUUAUUUGUUUACUGUUAUCUGUUACUUGGAUUGUAAGAGUAGACUUUGGAUUUGGCGUUGAAGCUGAUUCUCCAUUGAAAAAUGAAAUAUCUUAUAGUGUCUACAACGAAUAUCUGUUUAAAACUUCUGCAUUUCUACUUGGAAUAAGUUUACCACCGCAGUAUUUUAACGAUAUCAAGUUUACAGAAGAAUAUUUAACAGCAGUAAUCAUAUACGUUAUAGGAAAACUUAUGGUGAUAUCAACUUGGAUCACCCUUGUUUUAAUUAUUCUUGAAAGUAGAUCUAGAAAUAUUAAGUUUCAAAAAGUAAUGAAUCAACUGGAGAAUUAUAUGAAACAAAGACAUUUACCAUUAGGACUAAGAAAAAGACUUACACAACAUUACGAGUUCAAGUAUCAAAGCAACUACUUCAAAGUUAAUUUUUUGAAUUUCUUUCUAACAGGAGGAUUAAAAAAGGACAUCGAUUACGAACUAUGUAAAUCUUUAAUCAACAGUGUAUCCAUUUUGAAAGAAUUAUCUUUAAACGAAGUUAGGGAUAUAGUUCAAGUACUGAUACCAGAGAUAUUUCUACCAGGUGAUGUUAUAAUCCAAGCAGGUACUUAUGGAGAUUCUUUGUACUUUCUAUCCAGUGGUACAGUAGCUGUUUACACGCAUUCCGGAAGAGAAAUACGUCAUCUACAAGACGGUGCUUACUUUGGAGAGUUGGCAAUAGUUCUAAAAUCGAAAUCUAAAAGAACAGCAACUGUAGUGGCAGUAGAAAUCAGUCAAAUCUAUAGAAUGAAGAAAUCGGAUUUUAAUAGAACUUUAUUGAAGCACCAAGAGGUUUACAAGAAGAUUGCUGCUAAUGCACAAACGAGGUUAACGGAAAUUUCGCUUCAUGAAGAGCUUCAUAAGAAGUAUUUGUUUGAAUUGAAUUUGUUGGAUUAGUUGAUGAAUGAGAUUUUUAUAUAUAUUUUAGAAUUAUGUUUGUUACUUUCAAUUUAUUGUUUAUAAUCUUGUUUUUGUAAUUAUGAAUAUCAUUCCUUACUUGUUUAAACAAUAAAC